CUACUACCUGAAGGAGUCCAAGGGCAGUCGGCGGUGGUUGCUCUUUCUGGAAGGCGGCUGGUACUGCUUCAACCGGGAGAACUGUGACUCCAGAUACAGCACCAUGAGGCGCCUCAUGAGCUCCAAAGACUGGCCGCACACACGCACAGGUACUGGGAUUCUGUCCUCCCAGCCAGAGGAGAACCCUCACUGGUGGAAUGCCAAUAUGGUCUUCAUCCCCUACUGCUCCAGUGACGUUUGGAGUGGGGCAUCACCCAAGUCUGAGAAGAAUGAGUACGCCUUCAUGGGCUCCCUCAUCAUCCGGGAGGUGGUGCGGGAGCUCCUGGGCCGAGGGCUGAGUGUGGCCAAGGUGCUGCUGCUGGCGGGGAGCAGCGCCGGGGGCACCGGGGUGCUGCUGAAUGUAGACCGCGUGGCCGAGCUGCUGGAGGAGCUAGGCUACCCGUCCGUCCAGGUGCGGGGCCUGGCGGACUCCGGCUGGUUCCUGGACAACAAACAAUACCGGCGCUCCGACUGCAUUGAUACCAUCAACUGUGCGCCCACAGAGGCCAUCCGCCGUGGCAUCAGGUACUGGAAUGGGAUGGUCCCGGAGCGCUGUCAGCGCCAGUUCAAGGAAGGAGAGGAAUGGAAUUGCUUUUUUGGCUACAAAGUAUACCCGACCCUGCGCUGUCCAGUGUUCGUGGUGCAGUGGCUUUUCGACGAGGCCCAGCUGACCGUGGAUAACGUGCAUCUCACUGGGCAGCCGGUCCAGGAGGGCCAGUGGCUCUACAUCCAGAACCUGGGCGGAGAGCUGCGUGGCACGCUCAAGGACGUGCAGGCCAGCUUCGCCCCUGCCUGCCUCUCCCACGAGCUCAUCAUCCGGAGCUACUGGACGGAUGUCCAGGUGAAGGGGACCUCACUGCCCCGGGCACUACACUGCUGGGACCGCAGCUUCCACGACAGCCACAAAGCCAGCAGAACUCCCCUCAAGGGCUGCCCUUUCCACCUGGUGGACAGCUGCCCCUGGCCCCACUGCAACCCCUCCUGCCCGACCAUCCGGGACCAGUUCACAGGGCAGGAGAUGAACGUGGCUCAGUUCCUCAUGCACAUGGGCUUCGAUGUGCAGACGGUGGCCCAGCAGCAGGGGAUGGAGCCCAGCAAACUGCUAGGGAUGCUGAGCAGUGCAAACUAGACGGGCUGCUGGAGGAGGAGGUGCUGGGAGGCUGGCCUGUUUGCUGUCCCAGGGUAACUCGCCUCUACUUCCAGGCCCUCCGGCUGCUCCCAGGACCCACCUGGGUGUGGACACCUGCCUGACCGCCUGUGCUCUCCCACUGCCUUCAGGAGGCCUGUCCAGAGCCCUGCCGCCUGGGACCCUUGCCACCCCACAUGUUUCCCUAGUCCCCGGCUCAGCUUGGGGAGGGGCCAGAAGCGAAGCAAGCACUGGAUCCCUGAGCCCAGCGCUCAGAUGGUCCCUCCAGCCCCAACUGAUCAUGCUCUUUUGUAUUAUUUUAUAAAGUGACUUUUUUAUUACUUUAAAUUUUAAAAAAUAGAAAAUAAGAAAUAUAUGAUGGAUGAUAUUGUUUUGUAACAUAUUUUUUUUCUUAAUA